CACAACACCAUUGACGAGGAGGGUUCCACGGCAGCCGGAUUGGACCGUUCGUUUCAAAAGUGACGCGCUCGUUGGUUGCUGCACAACAUCAUCCCGUUCGUUCCCGUCGUCGUUUGUGAAUUUACCUUCCUACGUGGAAAGGGCACAGUUUUUUACAGUGUUAUUUUUUUACGGAUGCGAUUUCGGAUUGAAUUUUUAUUUCCGUUUUGGACCGGAUUCAAGAAGGCGUAGGAAAUGUAAUUCGAUUUAGCGACUGAUUUGGUUUGGAAUUGCGCGCAAUUUUUUGGUUCGAAACUCGUGAUCAGCUUUAGGCUGGUUUUUGUCAGUUGGGGCGCCAAUCGAUAUCACGAAAGGAGGGAUUCUUUCUACGGAGUGCAGAGAAAUUUUGCAUGGUUAGGGAGAUAGAGCUGAAGAUCUAUCCUCCCCAAGGAAACUAGUGUGAUCCGGAAUUAAUAAGAAGAUACCGAGUGGCUACCGUAAUAGAGGUGAAAAAAGAGUGCGUACCUCGCUCAUAAGCAGUUAGGUUUGGGCAAGUAACAAGAAGAGACAGUCCCGGCAAAAUUGCAUCAUUGAUAUACUGAAUCAAAUGCGUUAACGUUAUUUGAGAUAAUAUAGUAUCGUUAAAACAACGGGAAAUUAUUAGUGAAGAUAAGCGGCAGAAGAAGGCAAACAUUCUUAUUGGAGGAAGGAUUUUUGGUUGUUAACGUAGAAAAAGUGUUAUCGAAUUCGAUGAGUGCCGAUUGCAGCGCUAUGGAUAACUUAAAUGGAGCUACGAUUAGUUUAGUGCGUGAAUAAGUGACACUGGCUUAGUGUUUUAGGUGAUAGUUUUAAUUGUUGGUUGAAAUAGUUCAACUAUUUGUUUUGGGUGAUACAAAAAUAGGCUGACAAAAUGUCGGUUCAAGCGAAGCGUCAACAUUGUUAUUUGUGCGAUUUGCCACGAAUGCCGUGGGCUAUGAUUCACGACUUUACGGAAGCCGUAUGUCGAGGAUGUGUGAACUACGAGGGGGCCGACCGAAUCGAGUUGGUUUUGGAUACAGCUCGGCAGAUGAAACGGAUCCAUGCCAGCGGUGGUGGUGGUGGCGGAAGUGGUAGUGGAUCCGGUGGAAGUGGCAGUAGUGGCGGGAAACGUGGCCACGAAAAUGGUGAAAUGCCACCGCAUAGAUCCGUUCCGCAGGCUCAUCAUCACUACUCGGUGCGCGCCGGUCCAAAUGGGCCGACGCUAGUUGAUUUCACACCGAAACACGAGCCACACGACAUUGGCGGGGGUGGUGUCCGUCCGGGGGCUCGCCUCCAGCAGCAUAUUCCGCCACAUCACAUGCCACCACAUCCCAACAGGCAGCAGGUCCCGCCGGCACUUUCCGUCAAUUUGAAACGACCACCGCCGGAAGAUGACGAACACGGUCCGAUGGAUGGGCCGACGGGAAGUGCCAAACGUGGUGCCGAGGAUCCCUCGGUGGCCAUUCAGCAGCAGCGACCGCCGUUGACGCGGGGUGAGUCCCUGCCGGCGGUACCUUUCGUUCCGGAUCGGCAGCAGAGCUACAAGGACAAGCACCCAGUGCGGACCGCUUCCUUCGAUACGGCCACCUUCAAACCGAACGCUACUGACCUCAAACGGUGGAUAUUACCUAAUGUAGCACCAAACGACUAUGUUGCAACAAUGAAUUCAGACCAAAAACAACAAAACAUGGGGAUUUACGUGAACGCCCCUGUUGUCCAACGUUACAAAUUGUACCCGACCGUGAUACCGAUUCCGCCAGUUUCGAUGGGUGAUUCUACACCACCGACCCCAUCGGUGGCCCCACUUCAGAGCCCUAUGGCCAAUCUAAUGUCGAUCACCGAGACUCUACCACCUGGUAGCCCACGCAACGGUCCAAGCCCACCGGGACCGCCACCACCACGAACGGCUUCCCGAGGCUCUCAACAUUCGCCCAACAGCUCCGGUUCGUCAAGUGGACGACGGUCGUCCGGUUCGCGGCACGUGUCCAGUACAACUGUCACAUCAACUGAAGCCCAGCAGUCGAACUCUGGCGGUACUACCACUCCGAACGGAAGCGGUCCCAACGGCAACGCCGGGACACCACCGGUAACGCUUGGUCCCCUCGGAGCACCUUCCAUAGCGCAAGGUCAGCAGCAGUCACAGCAACCGCAGCCCGGUUCACAACCUCCACCAGAUGGCGUCGCCGGACCAGCUGGACCACCUGGACCCGGUGGGCCUGGUGGCCCCAUUGGACCUGGACCGGUAGGACCUGGUGCACCGCCGGGAAUCAAUGGGCCAGCGCCCAACAACGCACCUGGUGGACCUGCUCCCGCACCCGCACCUAAUCCGACGCUCAAAUGUACCCUCUGCCAGGAACGGUUGGAAGACACCCACUUCGUGCAGUGUCCCUCGGUUGGGCAUCACAAGUUCUGCUUCCCCUGCAGCCGCGAGAGCAUUAAGCGACAGGGCUCUGGCGCCGAGGUGUACUGUCCGAGUGGUGAGAAGUGCCCGCUGGCCAACUCGACGAUACCGUGGGCGUUCAUGCAGGGCGAAAUCGCCACCAUCCUGGGCGAGGAGCUGAAGGUGAAAAAGGAACGCGAAACGUAGAGCCAUCAGGUGCAUCGGUAUGAUGUUGGAAAUUCUACUACUAACAACGGUGAUGACGCGGUGACGUCAUCCUACCGUUACUUGUACUAUAAUAACAGCAGCGGCGGCGGCAGCGGUAGCAGUAGCAACAACAACAGCAGCAGCAGUAAUGUCGACCCCUAUCAACAGGAUGUGACUAUGGUUUCCCAUGGUAGUGCUACGCCCCAGCAGCAUUUGUACUAUCGUCAUCAUCCCGCGCAGCAGUUGCAGCAACAGCAUCCACAGCAUGGUCAGUUGGUAGUGGCUACAUCCAGUUAUUCCGCUGCUCAUCCGCCUUCUGCACAAUCCAUUGUUUGGGAGUUCGACAAUGCCGGAACUCGUCGUGAAUUUGAGUAAAGUUGACAUUUUGACCCCUGUCGUUUGUGGGGUAAGAUGGUUAAGCUUAGUUCAACCAUUUUUAAUAGAAAUAGGGAGAGAAUCUCUACAGGAUUUUGACAAAACUGUUGGUAAUUCUAGCAUGAUAAAAAAAACGCCGAGUUUUGUAUGGAUACCGUUUUUUGGGAUACAGAAAAAUACAAUUGUUGUACAUAAUCAAAAUAGGAUAACAGAGAAACACAAACUAAAACAGAUUGAAAGGGAUUUUCUUUUUUGGUAUAUCUCGUACAAUUCCUUCUCACGCAUGAAGCGGAUUAAAAAUCACGCGAACAAUAUAAUUCAUUUGAAUGUCUCUUUAUUUCUUACGAAGAACGGCAUCGAUGGUUUUCCAAUAUGAGGAAAACCCGUAUCGUAGCAAAACAAGAAAACAUGGAAUCAGAAUCCUUAGUGAGAAUACAGUGAAUGUUGAGAGCGCGAAACAUUGUGAAUAAUCGAUUUAAGAAAAUACGCAAACAAUUACAUACACUUAUGUUAGAUGCUAGAAGGAAAAAGGGUACCAUUUACCCUUGAUAUGUUUGUUUUACUGAAAGAUUUUUUAAUUAGUUAAGAAUUUUAUAUUUUGACGUGCCCUCAAGGGUUACCGUGAAUAAUAAUCACAAACAAAUCCUUACACAAUAGCCAGAAAAUAGACCGUUGCAAACGUAUAUCUAACGUAUAGAAACCAGUUAAUAAGGUGAAUUUCGCGUAGUUAUAGUUCAACAUGAAAAUAUUAUUUUUUUGUAUAAAGAAAUACAUAAGUGAAGCAAACUUUUAAACGCAAGAAGUGAAAUCAAAUAACUCUAUUUUAAGAGUUGACUUAUUUAAUUUUUUAAAUGCCUAUUAUCCUUAUUUUAUACUUUAGAACGAAACACAACCAUAUAUUUAUGAUUAUUGGUAUAAUUUUCCUCCUUAUUUUUCAACCGAACUAUCUGUACAUAGCUGAGAGGAUCUAGUGUGUAGCGCGCGAAAGAAGAGCGAAAAUGUGGUACAUUAUUUGUUUUUUAAUUUAACAAUUUUAAAUGGAUGAAAAGAAAAUGCAGAAAACAUGUUAAAUACGAAGAGAAAAGAUCGUAAAUACAGAUAAAACUAUUGGUCUUACAAAA